UCUUAUGUGGGUGGUGACAUGUGGAAUGCUCAGAGGAAUGCCCGAGUUGAAGAUGAUCACACACCUGACAACGACGAGGGGGCAUAUUUAAGGCAUUUGGAGUGGCUUCGCAAAGAGUACAGAGUUAUCCUUAAGGGUGCUUGGACUCGUGCCGAUUGUUUGGAAGUAAUGCCAAGUGAGGCUGCUGAUGGUGCAUUCAACAACUCUAUUAGGGAGACCAUUGGAUCGCACCUAGAUUAUGGCCCUCUGCAUGACCGAGUGGGCACGGAGCUAUGGAGAUGUAUCAAUGAUAGUAAUGUGGUGCUUGGCCGCCCACCUGGUAGAGAAACGGACGGUCUCAUUAGGAGUACUCUACAGGUUAGAGGCCUUUUUAAUAUGAACAUUUAUUUUAUAUCAUGUGAACUAUUUUUGCAUAUUUACAUGUCAAUGCCUUUGCCUCUGCAGAAGGUUGUGAAUCGUUGCCGAACACUAGCCGCUUUACUCUCUUGCCAUGGAGGUUCAUCAACGGAUGUGCGUGCACGUGCUCAGUAUAAAAUGGAUGUUCUUUCUUCCACUCGUCCAUCUUCGAGUCAAGCACGUUCUUCUUCCGCUUGUCCUUCUUCCAGCCGAGCACGGAUUGAUGAACAGGAAGAUGAAGAGGAGGAGACAGACUUCGAUGCGGAUCCGGACUAUGUGGAGCUUGGGGCUUCGCAGAUGGAAGAUGCUCCACAACCAACUCAACCUUCUCAGCCUUCUCAAGAAGCACGCCGAGUUAGCUCAAGGAACAUCCGACGUCCUGGAUGGCAGAACACUCCAGAGGGCUACGUCAACAGGGGGAACAUGGCUGCGAAAAGAGGCAAGAAGUGA